AUGAGGACUGUCAAACUGAUGUCAAAGUUAAACUUGACAAAUUUACCAACGUGCAAUCACAUGCCUUUCAGGCUUUAUUUUUGAGUUUUUGUAUUAAAGAUACUGUGUAAAAUUAAGAAAUGUCGUCUUCCUUUUUCCUAAAAGGUAAAUCAAGGCAAGUUCAGAAGAGAAAAGGUGAAAAAGUUAAGAAAAAGAACCCUAAAAAGCAGAACGCACCUAACCUAGAAAAUGGUCAGGAGUCUUCGGAUAGUGAAUUAGAUUUACGUAAGUUUUCUGACGCCGAAGAGUCGGAAAGUGAUCACGAAACCGCAGAAGAAAAAAAACUGCGUUUAGCUAAGAAGUACUUAGAAGAAAUAGAAAAAGAGGAAGCGAAGCGCGCUGAACUUAAGGAAGUAGAUGAUGCGGUUGAAAACCGAUUAAAAAAGGACUAUUUAGAACAAAAAGGCAAGCUUAAGUUUGAAAUCGCUGAUAAAUAUAUUGUGCCUAACGAAAAUGACAUCAGAUUAAUUCGUGCGAAGGAACAUCGUUUAACAUUAACAUGCAUAUGUAUCAGCAGUGACAACAAUUACGUAUUUACUGGCAGCAAAUGUGGAACUCUAAUCAAAUGGGGCAUCAAAGAAAAAAGAAAGCUUGGCUGUUUAACCUAUAAAACUCAUUCCAAAUUCAUAAAAGGCAGUGUUACCUCUGUAGCAAUAUCAACUGAUGGUAAAUUUUUAGUUUUAUCUGAUGAGUCACCUUUCAUUAAGAUCUGGGAUCCAGUUACACUCAAACACAUACAUAUAUUGAAAGGUCAUAAAGAUGCUAUCACUGGGCUGGUUUUUAGGAAAAAUACACAUGAAUUAUACUCGGCAAGUAAGGAUAGGUCAGUCAAGUUGUGGUCCUUGGAUGAAAUGGCUUAUGUGGAAACUUUGUUUGGUCAUCAGUCACCUAUCACCUCUAUAGAUGCACUUACUCGAGACAGAGCUAUUACAGCUGGUGGCAGAGACUCCACUGUCAGGAUAUGGAAAAUUGCUGAGGAAUCCCAGUUAAUAUUUAACGGUCCCAUAGGUAGUCUAGAUGAAGUGAAAUUGUUGGAUGAGGAGCACUUUGUUUCAGGCAGUGACAAUGGUUCACUAUGCAUUUGGAGUGUUCUCAAAAAGAAACCUCUUUGUACUGUCACGGAAGCACACGGUACUGAAAAUGAAGUACCAAGAUGGAUAACUAGUUUGGCAACAUUACUGAAUUCUGAUGUUUUUGCAUCAGGUUCCUAUGACUUUAACAUAAGGUUAUGGAGGGUUUGUGACCAAUAUAGGAAAAUAAUACCAAUAUUUAGUGUUGAAGUGAGCGGGUGUGUUAACUCAAUGCAGUUUACAAGUGAUGGCUCACAGUUAUAUGCAGCUGUAGGCCAGGAACACAAGACUGGCAGAUGGUUUAAAUUUGGUAGUGCCAAAAAUGGACUAUUAGUCGUUAAUUUUAGUUUUAAGUUAUAAUAUACAACAGUAAAUUUGUCAUACUA